AUGGACACCAUCACCCAUCUGGAAAGCUGGACCACCGAGAUCGCCGCAGCCGGCCAGCAGCUGGCCUCCUACUGCCGUCAGAACGGGGUGGAUGGAAAGUCGCCACAGCUCAUCGUGCCGGCGGACGCCCCGCGGUCGAUCCAACAGACCCGACGCCUGCUGCUGCGCAACCUGGACCAUCUGCGCAGGCUCCUCAUCGAGCCGAGCGAGCUGGUGGCGCGCCUGGCGGGGGCCACGCAGCAGCUGGCCUGCCUGCACUGGCUCGGGGAGUUCCAGGUGCUGGCGUGUCUGCCGCGGACGGGCAGCGUCCCCAUCGCUGACCUCGCGCGGUUGGCUGGCCGCCGGAUUCCUCCAGGAGACUCCACCCAGUCACGUCGCCCACAGCCCGUUGUCUCGAGCGCGGUGGCCAAUCGCUCCUCGCUGCGCGACGCACUGGGGUUCCUGGCCGCGACGGCCGCGCCCGGCGCCCUACACAUGUCCUCGACAACGGACCCCGGCGUCGAGGCGCCCCAACCCUCCUUCUACGCCGCCUGCGACCAGCAGCCCAAGCUGCACCGUCGCUGGUCGGCCUAUCUGCAGCACACGGAAGCGGACACCAGCGACCUCGCUCGCCAGGUGCUCGCCCGCGUGGACUGGUUCAAUCUAAACAAAACUUGCGUCGUGGAGAUCGUAGGGCCGCAGUGCCCAAACCCGUCGGCCGUGACGCUCGCCCAGCUGCACCCGGGGCUCCACUUUAUAGUCCAGGUCGUGCAGAACCCCAACCACGCUAGCAGCGAGAAGAUCCGCGUGCCCCCGCGCAUGCAGAUGCAAAUGCAGCGACGCGAACUGGGCACUCCGCAACGCCUCGUCCGCGACACCGCCCUCUACGUCCUGAACCUGCAUCCGCUGCCGCCCGCUGUCUUCGCAAGCGCCGUGCUGGCCGAGUUGCGCGCCCACUUGCAUGUCCUGGCUACCAACCGGCGGGCUACGCUGAUCGUCGUCGCGGGGCUGCUGCUGCCCGACCCAGGUGGCACCGCGGUGGAUGCCACCGUCGACGCCACGGUGCGGCUGCACGACCUCGCCCUCCUCCAGCUCGCCCACGAAGGGCUGAUGGGCGAGGCGGAGUUGGUGGCCCUGGUGCACAGCGUGGGCGAUAGCGCGGGCGGGCGACUGGUCGUGAUGCAUCGCCUGCACCUGCCGCAAGCGGCCACCGUGGCACUGGGGGUGAAAUAUCAAGAGGCGGGCUGUCUCGGUUAG